AUGGUCAAACCGAGAUUGAUCAUUAUCAUCCGUCAUGCCCAGUCCGAGGGCAAUCGGGACAAGACCAUCCAUCAGACCACUCCUGACCAUAAAGUUGGUCUGACUCCCGAGGGACAUCGACAGGCUCUGGAAGCCGGGCAGAAGCUUCGCGACCUUCUCAGGAAUGACGACACGGUGCAUUUCUUCAUAUCACCCUACAGACGAACGAGGGAAACCACCGAAGGAAUCCUGAAUGGAUUGACUGCCAACCAACCUGUAGCCUCACCUUUCCAAAGAUCCCAUAUCAAGGUGUACGAAGAGCCAAGGCUGCGGGAACAGGAUUUUGGCAAUUUCCAACCAGGCACUGAAGAGGUCGAACGGCUCUGGAGAGAGCGGGCCGAGUAUGGCCACUUUUUCUAUCGCAUCCCCAACGGCGAGAGUGGAGCGGAUGUGUACGAUCGGGUGUCGUCGUUCAACGGCUCCCUGUGGCGACGAUUCUCCGAAGACAACAUGGCCAGCGUGGCCAUACUCGUCACGCAUGGUCUCUGUAGCCGCAUCUUCCUCAUGGUUUGGUAUCAUUACAGUGUGGAGUUCUUUGAAGAUCUACGCAACAUCAACCACUGCGAGUUCCUGGUCAUGAAGCUGGCGGCUAAUGGAACGUACGUGCUGCAGAACCAACUACGCCGAUGGUCCGACCUUAAGAGGGAACGGGCUGCGAGGAGGAGCAUCUCGUCGGUUUCGACACCGGUCAACAUUGAGCCGAUCCCGGUCAGACGAUGGGCCUCUCCCGGCACCGCUAAUGACCCUACCGGAGCUAGCUAUGUCCCGCCGCCGGCAAGGAAGAGCACGGCGGAGAUGUUUCGCGAUGAAUCACAAGUGCAAGAAGAGUCCGCAGAGACCUCUGGAGGCUCAUUACCCAAACAGACGCGCACAAGUACUUCUGCAAGCAGGGAGACGAGUGUGUCGCGGACUCAGUCAUCCAGCAACCUGCGGACCUCUCUGAACAACUUGUCGUUGGACACGACGAGGAAGACCCACCUGACUGGCGUCAAAUCGUAUCUGGGACGAGACGGUGGGGGGACAAGGUCGGGUCAUGGGUCGCCGUUUGGAUCGGACGACGAGGCAAGUCCGGAAUUGACGCCGCAAGAAGAACCACCAGAGGCCAUUGAUCCCAGCGGGCCAAAAUUCUCGUCUUCUCUGGCGCGGGCGUUGAGAGGCGAGCUUGAUGAUCCCAAUCGAGUCAUGGCGGAUGCGCUGGGCGAUCAGAGCGACGCAGAUGUCGACGAGGCAGAUCUUCAGGUCGGCACAAAGGCGCGUGAAGAGAUGGAGAUGGAGAAGAUUUUGGCCGAGGAGAGGAGGGAACGGAGUCACAGGGGAAGUACUUACUAG